AUGGCAGCUGCCGGCCACGGCAGCCCGAGCUCCAGCCUGCCUCGCCGGGACCCACCGAGGCCGCCGCGGGACGGUUAUGGUGUCUACGUGUACCCGAAUUCUUUCUUUCGAUAUGAAGGAGAAUGGAAAGGAGGAAAGAAACAUGGUCGGGGGAAGCUGCUGUUUAAAGAUGGGGGCUAUUACGAAGGCGAGUUUACGGACGGGGAGAUCACGGGGGAAGGCUGCCGGAUCUGGGCCUCAUCAGGGAACACCUAUUCGGGACAGUUUGUUUUGGGAGAACCUCAAGGACGUGGCAUCAUGAAGUACAAAGCUGGUGGAUGUUACGAAGGGGAGCUCUCCCACGGCAUGAGAGAAGGAUACGGGCAUCUGGUGGACCGGGACGGACAAGCCUACUGGGGGUGGUUCCAUGACAACCAGCGACACGGCCAAGGACACAUGGUCUUCCGGAACGGUGACGAGUACGAAGGCGACUGGGUCCGGGACCAGCGUCAGGGGCACGGGGUGCUGCGUUGUGCCGACGGCUCCACCUAUGAGGGACAGUGGCACGGUGACGUCUUCAGCGGCCUGGGCAGGAUGACCCUCUGCUCUGGGGCCGUCUACCGCGGGAUGUGGAUCAAUGGCCACCCGGCGGCACAAGCCAGGAGGAUCGUGAUUCUGGGUCCGGAGGUGAUGGACGUGGCCCAGGGGUCUUCCUUCGACUUGAACGUUCAGCUGCAGCAGGACAGCGGGGAAGUUGCCGAGAGCGAGGAUGGCCGGGUCUUGAAGAUCUCGGCUGGCGUCAGGUACGUGCAGCUUCCGGCCUACUCAGAGGUCAGCUUUUUCAAAGUGGACAAGGACAACCCGGAGACACCCUUCCAGACCCCGUUUGGCUUUGAGUGCAUCGCCUAUCCUCUGUGGAGCCCCAAGUCUGGGGCCUUGGAGCCCAGAGCUGCCCUGGAAAGUGCCAGAGGAGAUCCACUGCUCCCCAGGGGAGACCGGGAGCCAGCAGCGGCAUCAGACACAUCUCGAGGCCAGAGGGACAUCCCCGGUGGCCCUCCCGGAGAAGCCCUGGGAUGCGAGCCCCACUGUCCUGAGGACUGCAGGCGAGUGGAACAAGGUUGUGCCCGGUUCUCGGACGUCUGCCUUGGGCCCCCCCCGCCCGGCUACAGCCCCGUCCUCUUCCUGGACGGCCCCCGUGAGAAGGCAGGUGGCAGGCCCAGAGGGGGCCUGGGCCCCGGCAGGACGCCCACCACGCAGGACCCGCCAGGAGGCAGCAGGUAG